UGGCCGCCAUUAGCAACAUUAUUAAUUUUUGAUCACGUUUACGUUUUUAGAGUCUCAAAAUGGCCAACAUGGAAAACACGCUCAAAGAUCUCAAGACAGCUCUUGUCCAGCAGGAAGGUCAUGGUUUGCCGGUGAAUCUCUUCCAGGUCACGGAGUUCAACAGCAGCCAAUUCACGUUGGAUGGUAAAAUCAAAAUCCUCGGUGAGCCGCUCGGACAGGGCAGUUUUGCCAAAGUAUACAAGUGCCGAAUACCAGGCAUGUUGAAGACCGCUAUUGUUAAGCUUUUGGCGCGCGGCGGAGUUAAUCAGGAUGACGCACUCAUCAACGAGGUGGUGAUUGCGCGGCAGUUGCGCCACCCGAACAUCUGCGACUUUUUCGGUGCGCUCCAGACGGAGACGGGUGCGGGACUUGUCAUGGAGUUGGUGGCCGGUAUCACUCUGUUUGAACUGUGGAAGGACGAACCUCAGGCAAUGCCAGAGGCGAUGUUGCGCGAUGUGACGCACCAAACCCUGCAGGCACUAUGCUACCUAGACUCGGCUGGAAUUGUACACGGCGACAUUAAGAAUGACAAUAUUAUGAUAUCCCCUGACGGAACGAUUAAGCUGAUUGACUUCGGGUUAGCAGUCGACAUGAAGAACCCAGGUCAUAUUAAAGUUCGACCACGCCAGCGCUCCCAUCCUCCCGAGACUAGAACAUUAAACAUGGGCGGUAUUUGCCCAAAGACGGACGUUUUCAUGUUGGGUGCCUUGAUGUACAAGUAUGCUUGUGUCGAUUGGCCAUUCGGGUUCGUGCAAGACAAGUCCGACGCGACUCUUGAGAGCAUGAUGGCCAAGGGACUGGUUGUCAACACAAAGCAAUUCAGGGACCUCUGUGCAGACUUGCGACAUCUAUUCGUCAACAUGAUGACCCUGGAUAGUGCGCAUAGACUAUCAGCGGAGCAGGCAAUUAAGCACACAUUCUUCACGGGGCAAGCGGAGUUCAAGUAUCGCAUACCGCGCCUGAUGAAGUGGAAACCCUGCUCAAGCCCAACCACGCCUCAGGAGCUGAAUGGAGCAGCCAUCGACAACCUGGCAUCCAAGCUGGAAAUGGAGCGCAUUGUUGUCAUAGAUACAGUACUGACGAAACCAAAUGGCUGGCUUGGCAUAGCAUACCGCGCUAACGUCGGCAAUCAACCCGAGCCCACCCGGGUCACAAUUAGAGUAACCUCUGUAUAAGCAGAGUGGCAUUUUUGCACGCCAGAUGACAAUUCACUAAAACCAUUUAUUACGCCCGGCGUCUCCUGCCUCCCUGUUCUGAGAUUACGGCUGUGAAUAUGAUCACAUGUAGUACGGUUCAAGUCCUGCUUGGAAGCGGAAGGAUUUUUUCCAGCCGUGCUGCGACCCACAGUUAAUUGGGAACUCGUGGCCUGGCACGAGGAAAACAUGGAUGCAGUGAAUGGGAUUUUCGGUCUUUGACCACUUGCUGGUGAGCUGAUCUACUCACCUCCCACCGCUUUAGGAGCUGCAUCUGCGCCUUGAUCCUUGAAGGGUGGUGGCGUUCUUACGGAUGCGGAAAGCCCGUCUUCCAGCCGAGUCUCACGCGA